GACCUUCGCGAACGCAUAUGAACGCAUUUUAGCCUACUUCGAUGAUGUCACCAUCCUUACAGCCCCCAAGCGUGUGUUGCAUUUUGUCCGUCGUUUCGAGCACUACCUUGCUCGUCACACUCGCCUGCGCCUUAAUGUUGGCAAGACCGCCAUCUGGAAUGGCGCUGGCCUUGCCCCGGGGGGCUUGGGGGAGCUCUCGUCGGCUACCCGUGUAUGGUUCGGGGACCCUGCCCUGGAGCCUUCAUCACGUGGCAUACUCCUGCUCGGUACUCCUUUCGGUGAGCCGCAGUUCCUCGCCAAACACGUGCAGACUCUGUCCGACCGGCACGAGGCCCUCCUCUUGUCGUUGCGCGGACUUGGUGACACACAGGUCUCUUGGCUGCUGCUUCUGUACACAGCUGCCCCCCGAGCACAGUUUGCCUGGCGCACUCUUCCACGUCGCUGGGCACGGGACUUUGCACACGCAUACGAUGCUGGCGUGCUCACAGCGUUGAGCGUGUUGUUGCUUGCGGCCGGCUUUGCGCUGCCGCGGUGGGUUGACUUGCCCCGGCAUGGCCCGGCACCCGCCACGGACGAUGCCGACCCCGAUGACCCCGAUGUCCCGUAUCGGGGCUGGCAAUGCUUUGCUUUUCGCGUCCUCGAUGAUCGUGCUUCGGCCGAGCACCGCCGCGCCGUCGGGCCUGCGGAGCUCGCAUUCCUCGACUCACAGUCCGGGAGUCUGGCCCUUCCGCCGCCAGGCGGCAGCUUCGGCGAUCCAGCGACCACCGACUUCAAGACCGAGGACAACCAG